AUGGCGACUCCAGAGUUGGUCAUAGCAAAGGCCACACUCUCCGCCACGCUCUUCCGCGCCGACCCAACCUCCCUGAGCCGUCCCGUAGUCGACGCCUUCUUCCCGCUGCUCACCAACGCCCUCUCCCAGUGCUCGCGCCCCAACGUCCAGAAAUGCAAAGCUUGGAUCGUCGACAACGUUGCGCCUUCGCCCGCGCGCAUCGCUGCCCUGGCUAAAUACCUAGGCAUCCUCUCAAAGAGUUUGCAGGAUGACGCCUCGCGUCCCAGUCUCAAGCGGAAGAGAUUGCAUCUCUUGUAUGUCCUAAACGACGUGUUUUACCACGUCGUCAAGAGAAAUGGCGAUGGCAAGUUUGCGACGUUGUGGGAUGGCGUCCUUCCCGGUCUUGUCGCAAGCGCCGCAGCUUUUGACAACUGCCCAAAACACAAGGGGAAGCUCGAAAAUCUCAUUCGAUUAUGGGAAGAGAAGAGUUAUUUUAGCGCCGACAUCAUCUCGAAGCUCAAGGAUGCGCUCGCAAGCGGCGUGGCAUCUCAACCGACCGAAGCCCCCCAAAUCUCCAGUGCGCCCAUCAAACUCGCCAAAGACGCGCCUUACACCCUACUCUCCCUUCACGGCGACCCUUCGACGCCGUGGUACGACUUGCCUGCGACGACAUGGCUCCCACAUUUGACUCCCAACUCAACCAAACCCAUGAUCCCAGACCUCAUUCGGCCCAUUCAGCUAGCUCCUGGCCCCGCAGACAAGGUGCUGGUAGACGCGGUGCAAGGCUUGCUGGGUGAAGUUGAGCGCAUGUUCUCUAGGGAACAAAAACUGAACGAUGAGCCCGGUGUGGACUUGAAUGAGCUGGGAGAACGGGUUCUCUUGGAUGAAAUCACUGGUGAAAUCAUUGGUGGAGAGACAUACUACGGCUGGUCCCGUCAGUUCUGCGAAAAGAUGAAGGAGAGGAGGAGAAAGGAUGCCAGAGGUGGAAAUAGAGGCCGCUCGCGCUCCAGAUCCAGCAGCUACUCUCGAGGGCGUUCACGAAGCUCAUCACGCCAUGCGCCCAAACGUCGACGACUCUCACGAGACUCGAGAGGUCGUACUCUCUCCCGCAGCCGGAGUCCGAGUCAACAACGGGGAAGCAGAUCAUACAGCCGAGGUCGUGAUGGAAGUAGAAGUCGACGUCGCAGUCCCAGCUACACCCCUAGCAGGAGUCCAAACCCCGGUAGACGGUCCAGGGGGCAUGGCUCGUACAGCAGAUCUCGGUCUCCCGAACGCUCACCUCGCCAUCAUGAUCGGGAGUUUCAUGACCGAGAUUUCCCUGUCCCUCCACCUCCCCCGGCUGGAUAUCAAGGCGCCUGGCCACCGCCACCGCCUCCUCCGCAUAUGACCGGAGGUCCCCAGGGCUGGUUCCCAAAUGCUCAAAUGAUGCCUCAGAUGAUGGGUGGAUGGGGUGUCCCUCCGCCUCCCCAGCCACCACCUCACUAUGGGAAGUUGGGGAUGAAGAUGGACAAUGAACAAGAUAUUCAGGGGUCACAAAGUGUAGUCACUUUUAAACCACUAUUCUAG